GUGACCCUAUGCAUUAACGGGAUGGGAUACUGAUUAUUCAAACCUAACCCCCACAGUAGCCGUUUCUCACUUAGACCAUAUGCACACUGAUCUUUUCUUGAUUUUACAGUCACGGGAUCAAUUUGUAGUCCCUCUCAUCCAUUGUUUUGGUUUGCGAAGUCUCAGAGAAAGAAACGUCUGAGGACAGCUUAGCUGACUUUGAUCUUUGGCAGCAGACGGGCCAGACUGGUUGGUGCAUCUCUCAGCAGAAGGGCGGGCAUCGCCAUGGCCAGCUUUCAGAUCCGGAAGUACCGUGACGAGGACGAUGAGGUGGUGAAGGAGAUCUUCACCAUGGGCAUGAUCGAGCACGUGCCCUCCUCCUUCGUGCACGUGCUGAAGCAGCCGCUCACGCAGAUGGUGCUCACGUGCGUCUUCUGCGCCCUGCUGGCCAGCUCCAAGUCCUUCCUCCUGCCCGUGCUGGCCGUCACCCUGCUGCUCGCCGGCGUCCGCCAGCUGGUCAGCUACCUCUUCACCAGCUACAUCGACACCUCGCUGAAGGAGGACCUGCGCUCCAUCCGGGAGGCCUACAUGGAGAAGAAGGACGCCUGCUUCUGGGUGGCGGAGAGCGAGGGCAGGGUGGUGGCCACUGUGGCCUGCCUGCCCUGCGCCGCGCAGCCCGAGUGCAUGGAGCUCAAGCGCAUGUCCGUCCGGCGGAGCCACCGCGGCCUGGGCAUCGGCAAGGCCCUCUGUCGGACGGUGGCGGACUUCACCCAAGAGCGCGGCUACCCGGCCGUGGUCCUCUUCACCUCGGUGGUGCAGACGGAUGCCCAGAAGCUCUACGAGCACAUGGGCUACUCCAAGAUGAGGCAGUUCGUCAUACCAAGCCUGGAAGGCAGGGUCACUAACUUCUCUAUCAUAGAGUACAGGUUAGAGGUGCAGGAAGGGAAAAUAAGCUAAAAGGAGUUCUACGGGUGAUGACGUUGGGCAUAAAAUAGUGUUGCUCACUUCUAAUUGACCAUAACCGCUGAUCUGGAUAUGGUUCUCAUUCUCUGCUAAGUAAAUGCAGUGGUCAUUUUGUUCAGUGGUCAUUAUGUACACUCAAUUGAAACAAAUAUUAAUGGGAAACUAUAUACACCAAUUUUAAGAGACAAAUAUCUGAUAGUAAGGAUAGCUUAAAUAUAUGCCUCUCUGCUUUACUGUGCGAAGAUGCGUGCAUUUUACUUUCAAACGCGCAAACCGAUCAAGCUAGAGAGGAGCUGAAAUGGUCACACGAUCUUGAGUGCGCACACCUCUGCGACACUUAACUGCGGGCACAGCAGCUGGAAAAUCAGACCAUUUCUUCCUCAACCCAAAGCCAGUCAUGUAAUGAACUCCAAAUCCGUCCAUGCAGUUUUUUCAGCUCUCUCUUCGUAGACAGACAGGCAGACCCAGGGGCGAUCACAGAAGCUCCACUACCACCUUUUCAGUGUGGAGGUAAUCCACAGAUCUCCAUAACAGACCAUGCCCUGGGUGACAGUUUAGCUGCAGGAAUGGCUGAGGUAAACAGAGCCAAAGUAAAUAUAUUCAUGUUAAUUAACCAAAUGUUUUUGUUCUCAAGGACUAACGUCUGGUCCACGUAGCGUGGUACCUGCAGUUGUCUUCUGGCAGUCAGAUCUACAAGUUUGAAAGUUAAUUUAAUUACUCCUUCAACUGUAUCUGUUUUAAUCUUUGUGUACUGAGUGUGAGAAUGAACAUAUAUUUUGUAUGAAUGUACGUUUUUAAGAAAAUUAAGCACUCAGAUUUGGAAUCAAUUGGUUUUGUCAAAUCGAUUAAUUGAUCAUAAAUGACCAUUAAAGGCUUGAGUGACAUUUUUUACAUCCCAUCAUUAGUCAGAGAGGUCAUGAGGCACAGGCAGUGAGGUGAUUGGACCUUGUAAAAAGAAUGGCUAGGCACCGUCAGUAUGCUGGAGACUGAGCUAAGUUUGAGCGUGAUCCUGCAGUUUCUGAAGUGUUAACAGCCAGUAAUUUCAUUAGUCCCUCAAGGAUAUCAUAGACAGUUAUGAAUGAUCAUCAUUUCUCAAAUUGAUGCCCACAAUUUUUAUGCCCAGAAACAUUUAAUUUGUUUAUUUGCACAUGGUUUAUUUUUCUGAAAACAUACAUGCAUAAAUGAUGAUACUUUAUGAUGGUCAGUAUAAAUCUAACCCUGAUAGCUUGUAGUGUCCUAGAAAGCUAUGAAUCUAUGGUAAUGCACACCAUAACAGAUGUGUCACAUUAACUGUGAGUAUAUGCUGUGUAAU